AUCCAUCUGGAACAGGCGAGAGCGAGCGUGUCAGGAAGAGACUGGGCACCUCAUGAGCUCUCUGCUGAGUGCGAAUUUAUAAUCUGAUGAACAGAGAGAGACCCAGCUAACACCCCACUCCUUCCGGCUCAAGGCCACAGCUCCAGGGCAGAGUGAAAGCACUUAACCUGGAGUUUGUAUCUAAAGAAGAAGAGCACAAUUCUGAAGUCCAUUUCCUGCUUGUUGCAGAGUUGGGGAUCUCUCUUGCAACCCUGGAUCAUGGCCUGGCUGCUUCCCAGGGCUUGCUGCCUAAAAGUCUUCUGUCAGUCCUCUAGAGGACCCUUUUCUUCUGGAAUAGCUAGAUCUUGGAGCGGUGGGCCCCUGACUGCAUAUAUGCCGGAAGCUGUAGCGUUCGCUGGAUCAAGGGACCACCCAGGGCUGUACAAGGUGUCAGUGGAGCAGGUAGAUGAAUUCUGGGGAGCUCUAGGGAGAAGCCGACUCAUGUGGAUUAAUCCUUUUCACUCUGUCAAAGACUGUAAUCUACAGCAGGGCUGGGUGUCCUGGUUCCUGGGAGGACAACUGAAUGUAGCAGUGAAUUGUCUGGAUCGACAUGUCCACACAGCGCCAAACAAAGUGGCCCUGAUCUGGGAGAAAGAUGAGCCUGGGAAAGAAGUCCGGGUUACAUACAGAGAACUGCUUGAGUUGACCUGCCGUCUGGGAAACACCUUGAAACGACAGGGAGUGAAAAGAGGUGACCGAGUCAUCAUCUACAUGCCCCCAUGCCCUCUGGCUGUGGCAAGCAUUCUAGCCUGUGCCCGGAUAGGAGCCGUACACACAGUGGUAUUUGCCGGAUUCAGCUCCGAGGCUCUAGCUGAUAGGAUCCGGGAUGCGCAGUCAGAGACAGUGAUCACUGUGAACCAGGCGCUGAGGGGGGGCAAGGUUAUUGAGCUGAAGCAGACAGUGGACCAGGCCAUGCAUGCGUGCCCGCUGGUGAAGCGAGUUCUGGUUUCCAUGAGGACUGAGCAGAAGGUUCCCAUGUCAGAACUGGAUGUGCCGCUGGAGGAGGAAAUGAUGAAAGAAGAUGUAUGCUGUGAGCCUGCUGUCAUGGAGAGUGAAGACUUGCUGUUCCUUCUCUACACAUCAGGCAGUACUGGCAAACCCAAAGGGCUGGUCCACUCCCAGGCAGGAUACUUGCUCUAUACUGCCAUCACACACAAGUAUGUGUUUGAUUACCACGAUGGGGACAUCUUUGGCUGCAUGGCAGACAUCGGUUGGAUCACAGGGCACAGUUAUGUGGUGUAUGGCCCUCUGUGCAACGGAGGUACCACUGUCCUUUUUGAGAGCACUCCAGUGUACCCCAAUCCUGGGCGUUACUGGGAAACAGUGGAGAGGUUACGAAUUAAUCAGUUCUAUGGAGCACCCACAGCAAUUCGCUUGCUGCUGAGAUAUGGGGACGAGUGGGUAAAGAAAUACGACAGAUCUUCCCUCAAGACCCUUGGAUCAGUGGGAGAACCCAUCAACACAGAAGCAUGGGAGUGGUACUUCAACGUGGUUGGCGAUGCACGGUGCCCAGUAGUUGACACAUGGUGGCAAACUGAAACAGGAGGCAUCUGUAUCUCUCCCCGUCCAUCCAGCCCCGGAGAUGAGAUUCUUCCAGGCAUGGCCAUGAGACCAUUCUUUGGGAUCAGCCCUGCCCUCCUGGAUGAAAAGGGAAACAUCCUAACACAGAACAAUGUCUCUGGAGCCCUCUGCAUCUCUCAGGCCUGGCCAGGAAUGGCACGGACCAUUUACAAUGACCACAAGAGAUUUCUGGAAACCUACUUGAUGCCUUACCCAGGAUUUUUCUUCACGGGAGAUGGAGCCUAUCGUACCAGCCAAGGAUAUUACCAGCUGACAGGACGUCUAGAUGAUGUCAUCAAUGUUAGCGGGCACAGGCUAGGCACUGCAGAGCUGGAAGAUACUGUGAAUCAGCACAGAGCGGUGGCAGAGUCAGCCGUGAUCGGAUUCCCUCACAAGAUCAAAGGAGAAGGAGCAUAUGUGUUCAUUGUGCUGAAGAAGGGGAUUGAUGUCUCUCAGGAGAGGCUGAGCAAUGAACUUAAGGAGCUAGUCUCAAAGAAGAUUGCAAAAUAUGCAAGCCCUGAAUAUGUUCAGGUCACAAAGCGGCUACCCAAGACCCGUUCAGGUAAGAUUAUGCGCCGUGUCCUGAAGAAGAUUGUAGAGGACAAAACAGAUGAGCUUGGGGACCUGACCACCUUAGAUGACCACGAGGCCGUGGAGGAGAUCAUUGAGGGGCACAAGCGCCUCCUGCAGGAGGAGCAGGGCCAGUAACCUGAGUGCAGUCAGAGACUCUCUGCUCCCCUUUUCUUCACCCCUCCACCCCCAUCUAAUUUGGGACCUAGCCUAGAAAAAGCCAAUCAACAGGCACCAGUAAUUCAGUUGAGAUCAGACCUUUAUUUUUCACACCAGCACUGAAGACCUUGGACCUCCAAAGCAGACCGCUCCUCUGAGAAGUGACCGUGUCUGGGGGCAGUAAGAGUGAGGGUGAAGCAGGCAGAGGGGGUGAGGAAGCGGAAGGUAGAAGGCCCUAGUGAAAAGCCACCAUACCCCUCCUCACAUCUGGAUAAUGAGGAAGGAGGCAGAGGUUGGCUAAUCCCAAAUUGGAGGCCUCUCUUCAGGAUGGCUCCCAGCUCCAGCAUGUCCAUGUAGAACACUAGGCGCCCACGUUUUUCCUGCAGCUGCUCCAAACCCACUGCCACAGCACUGUGUCUGUGUGGGGGAGCAGUGUCCAUGCAGGACAGGGUCAGCUUUAGGGAAAAUGGCACCCUGGCUGAAUCUGUAUUUUGGCACCCUUUGAGUUUGAGAACAGUAGCAUGGGGCGUCGCAGGGAUCAGGUGCCUGCCAGGCUGCAUAGGGAGAAGUUUGAGCCCAGGGUCUCCCUUCACCAUACACCCCGAUCACCUAGCAGGAGGAGAGUGGUGCACAGCUACUGCCUGUGCCCACAGGAAGGUGGGGACCCAGGGGCUGCCCACUGGCUCUGCAGGGGUGAGCCCUGCUGCCUGCCACCUCCCAGAAAGGCUGGCAGCUCGGGGCAGCACUGCCCACACCCGCCCGGCUGGCCAGUGGCUCCAGCCCAGCUUCCACUCACCUGUGCUCUGGUAGCCCAGGCCCACUAGCUUGUGGCACUCAGACAUCGUGACCUCCCCCACCCCAAUUGGCAGUUGCCCACUUAGCCCACCUGUAAGGGCAGCCCUAGUGCAGGAUGACAGGAGGAGGCAGCUGCUGUCUGGCACCAGCUCAGGCUGCUCGAUGAAUGCUGCCACACAUACCCCAUGCUAACAGGCCCUGGAUUUUAAUGCAAAAUGCUUCUAGUGAGGUUCAGCCUGGGGUAAAAUGACACUAACUCCAUGGACUAAUCUACCAUGUGCUGAGCAAGGCCCUGAACUGAAUGAAGAGACAUGGGCCCUGUCCAUCCCAGCAGAUCCCAGCCUCACGUUCAGAUGAUAGUGAUCCCUGUGGAGACCAUGGUCCUUUCUGAGCUAGCAUCACACUGCAGUCAAGUGCAGGCACCACUGGCCCUGCCUUUGCACAGCACCAGAUGAUGCCUUCUCCUGGCACCCAGGAGUUCCCCCCUCCAUCCAAAGUGAUCCCCCCUCUCAAAAGAAGCAAGAAAAUGGGGCUCCUUCUGCUCCCCCCAUCACGAUAGGCAGGAAGAGGGGAUCAGAUGCCAGGGGAAUGGUUUGGGGAGAAGCCCCCUCUGGGGGGAUGGAAACCUCCACUCUCAGCAGCACCCAACAACAAACAGUUUGGACAACAGGCAGAAAGGAAAGAGCCCUGGUUCCUUCAGUAAAAUCCAGAAACCAUCACACUCCUCCCUGAAUACUGAUUGGCUCCUGGUGGCUCUGCAGUUCCACAUCUACUAAUCAGGUGUUUCUGCAGCUCCUGGGUAAUAAACCAGUCUCAAGCCUCGGUACUUUUUUCAGCAUCCCUCACUGGCUGGGAGCCGCCUCGCUCUCUCGGUUCUUGUUAGUUCCCAUCUUCCUCUUCCGGAGAGUUUCAAAAUCCAAGUGUGAAACUGCAAUUCAGCAACACACAACUGAGUGCCUUGGCUUCAAAGGGGGAUCCGCUUCCUCCCCAGGAGCUGGCCCAUGUACACCCCACCAUCCCUCUCUCUCCCUGCCCAACUCCACACCAUCCACCCACUGACAACAUAUGCCUCUGCCAUUCAUCCACCUGCCCUUCCCUGCCCUGUUCAGUCCCAAAUGCAGUCCAGGAGCUAGCAGGCCCCCCGUGCUGAUGGAAAUACGUCUGCCGCUCUCCAUCUCACCUUUUCCAGGCUGGUGCGAUGUCCCACACUGACUAGCGUCAUCCCCAGCUGAGCGCAAGUGCGGUAUAGCUCAUUCUCCACCUCCUCUGUCAGAGCACUGGUGGCUUCAUCCAACACUGAGAGCAAAGCAGAAAGCCCCAUCAACAUGGCAUCAUCCAAAGACUGCAACCAGUCAGGCUAGCUAGCCAGCCCGGCCAAUCCCUGCUCUCUAGCCUGCUUUUCCUUAUAGGUGUGGAUUCUGGACUGAGCAGCUGUUGAGACCCUUGCUCACAUGCUGCAUGGAACCUCCAUGGAGGGACUCUUAGGCAAACUACAAAAGGUACCAGAGAAGCAGGGCAGGGACCUUUGUGCACCGCUGGUCCCAGCUCCCAAAGCUACUGUCUGCUGAAGGGGAAACCUGGUCUUCCCAACAGGACUCCUACUCCAGCCAAAAGAAUGCAGCUUGCGUCAUGUACCCCCUCCAGCACAGUCAGAUGCCAGUGAGUAUUACCGGGGUUUGUCUUUCCCUAAGAAACUUUCAAACACCUUAUGAUCUGGGGAAGUCUCCCCUAUGAGAAACCUCCAGGGCUGGAGACAUUGGGGAAGUUAGAACCCCAGCCCCAUUCACUCCACAAGCUGGACCUCAAUUCUGUGGCAAUGUUUCUGAAUUCAGCUACACGCUGGUGGGGCAGACUGGAAAUUCUGCAGCCAUUUCACUGAAAUUAAAAAUGAAGAGGUUUAAUGACUACUA